CAAAAAGAGAUGAGAAUGAGAGAAUAAGAGCAAAGUAAACAAAAGCCUCUCUUAGCUUUCCUCCUCCUCUCCCUCUUUAAUCUCUUUUUGCUUUCUUUCUCGCCUCUGGUAUUCCCUUGGUGCGAUUCUCCACCAUAUUUUCCAAAAGACCCAUCAAACUUUAUAAAAGAAAAGAAAAAAAAAAGAUCAAAAACCAUGGUUUUCUCAUCUGUUCCAGUCUAUUUAGAUACUCACAAUUGGCAGCAGCAACCAAAUCAUCAACAAGGAAGUGAUGACAAUCAAAACCCACUCCUCCCACCACCCCACCAUGCUGGCGGCGGUGGUGCCGGCACGAUCAGGCCCGGUUCGAUGGCUGAUCGAGCCAGGUUAGCCAAGAUACCCCAGCCGGAGACAGCUCUCAAGUGUCCCCGCUGUGAUUCCUCCAAUACCAAGUUUUGCUACUUCAAUAAUUAUAGCCUAACUCAGCCCCGUCACUUCUGCAAGACAUGUCGCCGUUACUGGACUAGAGGGGGUGCUCUUCGGAAUGUUCCGGUGGGUGGGGGUUGCCGCAAAAACAAGAAGAACAAAAGCAACCGGAAUAAAUCUCCGGCCACCUCGACUGAGAGACAAAUGGGUCUCAACUCUAGCAGUGCAAUUCCCUCUGCCUCUACCUUAGAGACAAAUGUUGGUUUUUUGCCUCAGCAACCUCCUCAAUUACCCUUCAUGGCCUCUUUACAGAAUCUUAGCAGGUAUGGUGUGGGAAAUAUUGGCUUAAAUUUCAGUGACAUUGAUGUCAGAAACAUGCCGUCAUCUGAUGUCAGAAAUUCUAGAUAUGACCUUUUUAUUAAGAAUGGUCUCGUUGAAAACCACCCUGACACCCAAGCGCAGACGGAUCUGGUCGGGUAUCCGAUUGGAAGCGGUUCAGGCGGAGGAGCGGAGCAGUGGCGUUUGCAGCAAUUCCCUUUCAUGGGUGGCUUUGAGUCAUCCCCAGCUUUAUACUCAAUUCAAAGUGAAGGAGUUGAAGUAGCUUCUCCUAUAGUUGGAGAUACUGAGCUUAGGACUAUGACUUCAAAUUCUAGGGUUUCUCAGCUGCCUCCAGGGAUGAAAAUGGAAGAAAGACAAGGGCAAAAUUUGUCAGGUCUCAACUGGGGAGGAAAUGCAUGGACAGAUUUAUCAGGGUGCAGGUUGGAUAAAGCAAGGGUGCCGUGGCCCGUGGUGGUCCACUCUACUGAAAGAGCAGGUGACACAAAGGCCCAGAAGAUGGGGUGACUGCAUCUGCAUGUCCUAAAGAAACCCCUGGAAGCAGAAGUUUGCAGUCUGCCACAAGCCACUGCUCUCCUCCUUUCUUCCACAAAUUAAAGCAGGUGUACGUGAGCUGGCAAACAAUAUUUCAUAGGCGCACCAAGACAAAAAGUCUGUUAAUUAGGCACCAUUUGCAAUAAUUUUUUGUUAUUUUUGCCUCUUGCAUAAGCAUAAGCUAGAUUGGACACUGUCAAGUUGGCAAUAUGCUAAUUUUCUUUGUUUUUGAAAAUGUGGGCACUCCAGGCUCACUUGGUUACCUGAUCUAGAAAAGUAGGAAAAUGGAGAA